CGCUUUAUGCCUUAAAUAGAACAAAAUUGGAAAUUUGUUGCCAAUCGGUAACAAUCGGUAGCGAAUUUUCCAUCAAUAAAGCGCCAUGAAAUUCUUGGUUGUUCUCAUUUUUGCCGUGUUGGGGCUAUGCGAGUGUUCUGAUGAUGGAGUCGGAGGAGACCUUCCACCGCCAGAGCUUCAAUGUCUACAAUUUGUUUCGUGUGACACCUUUCCGCAGAAUAAAGUUUGCGGUUUGGCCGUGGAUGGCUGCUGGCGUCCUUACACUUUCAACAACGAUUGCCAAUUGAGUUUGUACAAUUGUGAACAUCCUUCGACUCCUUUCUACAAGUACUGGGAGGGUGCAUGUUAUCCAGAUGACGAAAUGGUUACCAUUUCUCCGAUCGAAAGAGAACCAGUGGAUAUCAUCACGUAAUAAGGGGAUGCGUGGAAGAAGAAAUGUUUUUUUAGAAGAAAAUAAAAUUCGUGGACCUUUUGGUAGAAC